AUGAUUAUCUAAGGGGCCAGUCCCCUGAGGGAGCCACUUCUGUAAACAAAUAAACUGCAACGCCUUGUAGUUCAGCAGGCCUGGAGCAGGGCAGCAGCAGUCCCCGGGCAGGGACGGGCCGGGCCAGCACUUCGUGGCGGCGGUGACGACACCAGGCAGCAACACCAACAACAUGAUCACCAUCACAGACACGCAAAAGAUUGGGGUGGGCUUUGUGGCUUUUGGGGUGACCUUCAUCUUCCUGGGGGUCAUCCUCCUCUUUGAUAAGGGUCUCUUGGCCAUUGGCAAUAUCCUUUUCCUGGCGGGACUGGCCUUCGUGGCGGGGCUGGAGCGCAGCUUCCGGUUCUUCUUCCAGCGGCACAAGUGGAAAGGCUCUGGGGCGUUCUUCGGGGGGAUCUUGACAGUCCUUCUUGGGUGGCCGCUGAUUGGCAUGUGCAUCGAGGUGUAUGGUUUUAUUGUGUUGUUUAGUGGUUUCUUCCCAGUGGCAAUUAACUUCAUGCGUCGUGUGCCAGUCCUCGGGCAGCUUCUGAACCUGCCCUUCAUCAGCGGGCUGUUGCCACUCGACCCUUCUGCUUGAGUGUGCAGUUUGUGGAUCGGUUAGCAGGGGAUUCCAAGAUGAACGUCUGACAGGAGAGCAGGACCAGCAUAUUGAAGUCAGAGAAUGUGUGGCCAGCAGGAAGUCUCCUCCUGUGUGGCAUUACAAGGUGUUGGGUUGGCUUCUAACAUAUAGCUAAAUUGUAUGUAUGUAUUGUUGUUAUCACCAUUACCUCUUUGAUGGACUGAACCUCAUUUUCUACCUUUUAAUUUAUAACAAAAAUCUCUUUUAUGAUUGAAUAUUUAUGGAGGUAAAACAAACAUUUUCUUGUUUUCCAAGGUCAAGCAUUGUAUAAAUGUGAAGGUACAACAUCCUUGGUUGAUAUGGAAUAAUACUUUAUUCUUGUAAUUUCUUUCAACCUGUUCAUGGACUUCACUCAUAAAUUUAUAUGAGUAACAGGGAGGAAAGGCCAGGGAGGGGGAUGUUAAUAUUUGAAUAUGAUAUGUUAGAAACUCACCAGGUGUAUGAACAAUGACUGGUAACUAAGAAAGCAGCAGGAAUGGAAAUGUUAGUUCAUUGUCAUGUGAGAUAUUGUUCAAUAAUAAUAAUAAUAAUAAUAAUAAUAAUGUUAAUAAUAAUGAUAGUAAAAAAAAUUGAAUUGAAGAAAUCAUUCAGAAGUAAACUGAUACAGUGUAUCAUGCAGUACUCUUUUCCAUGAACAGUUUUCUACAUGUUAAAUAUAAUAACUUCAUUGCUUCACAUAAUUUUCAUAUAACAAAUGACUGAGAUGCAACAAAUUCUAUGAAGAAUACUCAUAGGUAGCUUACAGUUCACUACUGAUAACUAUUGCAAUAACAUGUAGUUCAGUAUGUGGCUGCCGGCGUGGCUGACCAAUGCCACCGUCAGUCUGGACCAGUGCGUCUCCUGGGACACAAGCAGUGCUUUCUGCUCAUUUGUUUCCCCAAAGUAUUUGUUUGAGUGUGAGUUUUCAGUACUGAGUGUUCAUCUUGAAUAUUUAUACAUACCAUUGUGAUAUAAUUUUAUAAAGAAGUAAGAUACAAGAUUAGGUGCACCACUGAUUGGAGAAAAUUGUUAAUGGCAUUAAAUGCUGUUAUCCAGUCACAUAAACAUUCUAUAAAAAUGUAUAUAAAUGAUCAAAAAAAGUUAUAUGCAUAUAUUCUCAGUACAAUAUUUUAGGAAGUAACGAAGUUCAAGCAUUUUACAAUCUUGGGUAAAAAACUUCUGCCAUUUUAAGGCUAUUGUAAAGACGGCUGUAAAUAGUAUUCUGCAUAAGUUUGUUUAUUUUUUACCAGCUUUAUCAGCUUUGAGGGUGCCAACAUCACCAAAGUAGUGCCGCCUCACUGGUGAUGUGUAUCCUGCACAUCCAUUUGUAAGAUUCAUUGAACCAAGUGUGCAUAGCAGUUCACUCUGCCUUGAAAACAGUUUGCAAAGACAUGUGGUGAUCAGAUAACUGAAUGAGGCAACCCUUUAAGAAAUUUGCCUGAUGUAGGCUGCUGAAACCUUCAUAAUUAUUUAUAGAUCAUAAUGCUUUCCUAUUACAUCAUCUAUAUUUUUAUUGAUGAAAAGUCUUAUGCAAGAAGCUACUAAGUGCUGAAGUGUUUGCAAGCAUUCCAUCAUGACGUGUGCAUGGGUGGUGCACCAGUCUAAUUCACCUACACUGUGUAGUUCUUUGAGCCAUACUUUCAGCGUACAAAUCCCAUCUUUUUUAAGAGGCGUGCAGGUUUUAUGCCUGUCACACGUGUAUUUGAAACAUUUCACCAACUCCUCUGUAUCUAGUUACUUAAGAUUUAUUUCUUGAAAUGUUAUUUGCAUCCUUUACUGAAAUAAGGUGAUUGCUUUGUAAAGGUUGUGAAUACCUUGUGUGUACAAUGUAAAAUUGUGGAAAAUAUAAUGUCAGUUUGUAAA